CGGAGCCCGCCGCCGUGCCUGCUCCCGAGCCCCCUCCGCCUCCCCGGAGCCCCUUCGGGGCCAUGCUGGCUCCCUGAGCCGCCUCGCGUGGAAAUCGAGCGAGCCCCCCUCGGGGGACGCGAAUCCGCGGAAAGCAAAGGCCGGGGCCGCAGGGGCAGGACCAUGGACGAGAAGCUGCAGGCGCAUCAGGUAGACGUCGACCCGGAGUUCGAGCCCCAGAGCCGGCCCCGCGCGGGCACCUGGCCCCUGCCUCACCCCGACUUCCCGGCCGAAGAGGACGAUGGAGCCGGGGUGGCCGGGGGAGGCGUCGGCGGCGUCGCCUCCAAGCACCCCCUGGCCGCUGGAGCGGAAGGCGCCGAGAACGCCGGAGUGGCGGCCGAGCGCGGCAAAGGCGCCCCGGCGCUGCCUUCCCUGGGCGCGGACGUUGGACAGCUCCGCAAGGCGAAGACCUCCCGGCGCAACGCUUGGGGGAACCUCUCCUACGCGGAUCUCAUCACCAAGGCCAUCGAGAGCUCGCCCGAGAAGCGGCUCACCCUCUCGCAGAUCUACGACUGGAUGGUCAGAUACGUCCCCUAUUUUAAGGAUAAAGGAGACAGCAACAGCUCGGCCGGUUGGAAGAACUCCAUCCGUCACAACUUGUCCCUGCAUACCCGCUUUAUCCGUGUGCAAAACGAGGGAACCGGGAAGAGCUCCUGGUGGAUGCUAAACCCGGAAGGGGGCAAAACCGGAAAGACGCCACGUCGACGGGCUGUCUCCAUGGACAACAACAGCAAGUUCUUGCGGAUCAAGGGCAAAGCCAGCAAGAAGAAGCAGCUGCAAACUGCUCAGGAGCGCGGGGAGGAAAGUCCGGUGAGCCAGCAGGCCAAAUGGUCGGAGAGCCCGACCUCCCAUGCUGGUGAGGAGUACGAUGCCUGGGCUGACUUCCGGACACGGGCCAACUCCUCAGCCAGCACGCUCAGUGGGCGCCUCUCCCCCAUCAUGGCCAACCACGAGCCGGAUGAAUUGGAAGAGGAUGACGGGACUCCGUCCUCGCCCUUGAUGUACCCUAGCCCAUCCAGCACCAUGUCCCCCUCCCUGAACACUCGCUGCUCAGUGGAGAUGCCCAGGCUGACUGACCUGACGGGCACCAUCAACCUGAAUGAGAGCCUGGGCGAGAGCCUUCUUGAUGACCUACAGGACAGCUACAACAUGAGUCCUGCUCAGCCGCUCCCUGCUGGGGGCCUCCGGCAGAGGAACUCCAGCUUCAACUUCAACUCCAAGUGCUCAGCGGUGGGCAAUGGAGGAGGGGGAGGGGGAGGAGGAGGAGGAGGGAAUACCUACUGUGGGACUAUCUACAGCCAGCCUGCCAUGAGCCUCAUGCGCCGUCUGCCCAUGCAGACCAUCCAGGAGAAUAAGCAGGCCACCUUUGCCCCCAUGAACUCCUAUCGCAACACCUCCUUGCAGGACUUGCUCUCCUCCAUUUCCUAUGCGCACAAAGAGGGCGAGCCACACAUGCCGCAAGCUGGCAGCAUGGUGCCGCCCCGCGGCCACAGACAGAAUGCCCUUGUGUGCGGGGGUGGGGGCGGAGGUGGAGAGAUAGGCCUGGUCCCCUAUCCUCCCCACUCGUCCGCCCUGAUGAAGAGCAACACGUUGUAUCACCCGUCACCAGCCGGCCACCACCCCGCGAUCAACAACAGUGCCUUACCCUCUCCUAUCAGCCUUAUGAGCCUGCCCAGUGACACUUGCGGCAUGGUGGCCAUGCCUCACCAUGGGCACGUCCAUUCCUACGGCAACAACCAAGGGGCACAUAUGAGCUUGCUAGAUUCCUUGCAGGGACCCUACCCAGAAGCCAUGCACACUCCCGUUUUGGGCCAGGACAGAUUCCCAGCAGACUUAGACUUGGACAUGUUCAACGGUAGCUUGGAGUGUGACGUGGAGUCCAUCAUCCUCAACGACUUCAUGGACAGCGACGAGAUGGACUUCAACUUCGACUCAGCUCUUCCGCCGCAAAACGGUCUCAACAUGGCCACUUUGCCCAGUGCUCCGCAGCCCACCAAUCAGAGCUGGGUGCCUGGGUGAGGGUCCUGAUCCCCAUAGCUCCAACCCACCAGUCAAGUGGGGGGAUGGGGGAGGACGGGAGUUGAAACAAUCUCUCCCUCUCUCCUUCCUCUUCUCCUCCUCCUUCUUUGCCUUCGUUUGUUCAGCCAGGCUAGAGCCAUCUGUUUAAACUUGACGACAACACUAAAACACACACACACACACAACGUAGGGUAAAAUGUUUUGACAGGUACUGGCGGCUUCCCGCUCGUGCCAGGUGUAUUGUGCAGUAAGUCGGAUCUGUCUUUGAUGUGUGCAAUAGGCACAAGUUAGCCAUGGCAUUGCAGAGCUACUGGCCCUCCCCCUCCCUCCGUUGGCACCUGCACCACGGCACAGAAAGGGGGAAAGGGUGAUUUGUGGGCCAAAGAAUGUUUUCAGUCUUACCGUCGAGCCUUUCCCCGUUGGCCUCGUUCCUUAGGUGGCCUCCUUGUCAGGACAGUUCUAGAUUUCCAUAGAAUCCUUUCCCAAUGACCUCCUCGGUACCUGAAAUGCUAAUUUGAUUCCCUCCACUCCUAGUCUUGCCUGACUGUGGUGUCCCUGAAGCCAAGGCCAGUAGACUAGGCUCCCUGACUCUUCUAUGGCAUUGUAAGGCCUCACUAAGCACCACAAAGGACAACAGACUAGGCUCCCUGACUCUUCUAUGGCAGCUUUGUAAGGCCUUGCUAAGCACCGCAAAGGCCAACAGAUAGGCUCCUUAACUUUUCUAGGGCAGUUUUGUUAUCAACACAGAACAAGUAGCUAGGAAGAGGCUAUUGCCUGACUUAGCUCUAGAACAUCCGUAUCCAUUGAAUCUCCAUGGAUUUCCUCAUAGUGUUGAGGACGGUUCACUGUUAUCCUUGAGGCGUGGCUGGUGCAUAAGGGACCAAUUUCCUCUCACUGUGGAUCCAGCAGCUGCCAUGGGGAUGCUCUGGAAAGCUGAGCCCAUCUGAUCAAAGCCAGUUUCACCAACGAUUGCAUCUUCUGUUCUCAGUGCCUGAAAACAGCAACGGGCAGUUGCUGGUCUCAACUGUGUGCGCAUGCAGCAGUAGCAAGCGCAGGUGUGCCAAAGCAGGCCUGCCGUGGCGCACACAAGUGCACAUUUUGCACAUACCAGUGGCUCUUGGCACUCUAUGAAGAGCUCAUCCCAGGAGUGAUAUUGUGGCUGCUGGCCUGGGAAAAGGUCUGGGAGGUAGGGGUGGGAGGGAAGAAAUGGUGAAGAUUAUUUAUUUGGGGUUUAUUUGCCCUCUUUUGCAUCACAAAGGCAACUCUUCGGUUUUGGGAGGAGGUGGUUGCAGUUCUAAAUCUGAGGGGCAGGCAGCCAUACCGUGGGGUUGGAGUAGGUUGUUUACAAACUGGAGUUUCGCCAUUCUGGAAUAUUCCAGAAUGGGGAAAAGAGUCUUUUUCGGAGCUGUGGUUUGACAGGUUGCAGAGGAGGCAGAAAAUGGAGAAUUGAUCUUUCUGUGAAUGGGUGUCCAAGCCAGUUUGCAAUAACCAGAUUUGUACCAUAUAACAGACAGGUGAUGAUCAGUGGACCACGGUGAUGGUUUGGCAAUGAAAGAUGCUGGCCAGAGCUAGGGUUUCUCCCCACCCUGGCACUAUUAGUUUGGCAACCAAGGACGUGCCAGGAAACCCUUGAUUCCACACAGGCUUGACCUAUUCCACCAGUUUGUGAGUUUGUGGCAGGAACCAAAGCAGAUGUUUGUGAAAUGCUGGACCUUGUUGAGCUUUGGUAGUGCCUCUGGGAGCAUGUGUUCCAUGUGGGACAAGGGUUCACAAGCGGCAAAAUUAACAGCGCAAUCCUAAGCAGAGUUACUCCAGUCUAAGGCUUUUGAAGUCAAUGGGCUUAGACUGGAAUAACUUUGGUUAGGAUUGCACUGCAAGUCUUCAACCCACUUGCUGAAGUACAACAUACAUCAGUUCUUUACGCCAUGAUCCAACAGAGGAAGUGCAGUUGGAACUCUUUUUCGAAAGACUUAAAAAAUCUCAUCUAUCCCCUGUUUGAUAGGGAAGGGGGACCCAAACCUCCUGAAUAGCUAGGAUUUUACCUUUUAUAAAAAGAUGUCCACACUGCAUUGCUGGAUCAGAGAAAUAAAUUGUUCUCACAAUUUGUGAGUGUACAUACAGUUUCUCUCUAGGGUUCCCAGCUCUGCCUUGGCAAAACGUUUGCGGGGUAGUGCCUGGGGAGGGUGGAGUUUGGGGAGGAUAUGUCACUUCCAGAUGACACUGUAGGCUGCCUAGUCUCUAUGGUCUUUACCAUAGUCUUUUACCAGAGAGACUAGGAGAAAUUCCUAGAGCAUCACUAUAUGGAGGCAUUUUUCCCCAUCUACUCUUCAGGUCCUCAGGGGUGCGGAAUUGGGGCUGGUGAUUCCUUAGCCGUGGAUGGGCAAAAAUGGGAGUCCUAUUUCCCACCCUAUAGGGUUAUGCAUGUAGAAACCAUUCUUUGGCUUUCAUACUACCCUGAACUGGAUCAGGCUGUUUGAGUACAAUUCUGUUCCUGGUUAAGCAGUUUUUGUUUACAAAUUCCAGCAGAACGAGUCCGUGUUCGAUCCUGGAUAUAACCCAGUCGCGUAGAAGCAGACAGUGGAAGUAUGGGCCCAGUAUGAAGAGUGAAAAGGCAAGUAGAGAAGCUAAAUUAUACCACAUUUAGGCCUUGGAUCCCAGCAUUUUGCCCAUCCGAUUUCAUUCUUGUCCUCGCCAGUCUUUGAUACCACAGAUGAGUUUGGCUGAGAGAAAAGUGUGCCGGGAGAAAGAAUGCAGGGAGGCGGAGGAACAGAAGAGAGUUGCAUGCUCUUCAUCUCUGCAUUAAAUCAGAUCUUUUCAACCCCUGCUUUCUAUGAGGUUAGGGCAACUUGCUCCCAAGGUAUGUUUGCAUCUAGGACUAUAGUUGGACUCUGUUGAUUUCAGGGGAAGAAUGAAGUGCAUUUAAAAACUGAAAGUUCUCUCCUGGAAACCUGUGGGCCUUAAUAGUGCUUCAAUCUGCCUGGAUCCUGCCCAUCAAUUUGAUACAAACAAUAAUUGCAAAUGUAUGCAGUGUUAGGGAUAGCCGCUGCAUUCUAAUGUAGCAUAUCUCUUUACUAGCUGGAAGAAAAAGUAUUUCUAAAAAGUUGAGAAUAGGAAACCAUCAGCACCGUGGUAAACAAAACGGGAUGGGAUCAGAACUCACCCUCCCAUCUGCCAGGGAAACUGCAGAAACAACAGUCUGAGCAUUUCUAGCUGUAUGUGAAUGCCCCCUUCUUCUUCCACAUCGCAAUGCUCAUCUGCAUUUAGUGUGUGUCUUGUGGCACUUAAUGUUGCUGAUCCAUUAUUUGGGACCUCCAGUUGCAGUGUGCCAACAGCUGCCCCCCAAUUAAGACUGAGUUAGGGCCUGUAUGCAGACCUCAGUAUGUUCAUGCUGAAAUGAAAGAAGCACCUUUCUUCAGAAAAGGACUAAAAAAAAAAUUAGCAUCCCUUUAAAGCAAUGAAAGUAGCAUCACUGAAUAUUUUCAAAAGAGAACCUAUUUGAUAAGAAAUGUACCCCACCCGCAGGUUUUACUAGCUUUUCCAUAUUUCUCCACUUUAUCCCCUCUUCCCUUGGGGUCUUCACACAGUAGUCAGGAUUCGGGAAUGGGUAUAAAGGACGCCUUAGUGUAAAACUGAAGGAUAUUCUGUCUGUGCCAAGAAUAAAUGUUGUUAACGAUAAGAUGGGCAGUGUCUAGGGCUCUCCAGUACUCUGGCUUUGAAGCUGUGGACUGCAGAAAAAAUUCCCUGCUCCUCCAUUGAAGCUUUUAUUUACUCCGUCCCUCUCAGCCGCCCUGUGAUCUCUCACAGGUAUCUGUGGCUAUCAACAAAGAGGAAGCUCUAGGAUUAUGAUCAGUGACAGGCUAAGAACUAUCUCAAUGAGCUCCCAGAUUCUAUAAAUGUUUACAUUGCUGGACAGCGUACUAAAUUUAAUAUAUUUAUUUGAUUCUAUAGAAUUCUUUUAGGUUUGUAAUGAGAA